AUGUUACAUAUUAUAAAGACAAAACCAAGUUGGGCAACUAAGGGCCAAAAAGAAAAUAAAACCCGACAAGAUAAUGUCCACCAAAAAUCAGAUAGCACAGAAAAAAAAAAUUUUGAAAUAAUAAUUAAUAACUCUAGUGAAGAACAAGCAAUAGGUCAAAAGAGUGCAGCUAUUCCUGACGGUGGUUAUGGUUGGGUAAUUGUUGUUGUAUGUUUCCUAACAAGUUUUUGUUGUUGGGGUGGGAACGCAGGAUUUGCAGUAUAUUUAGCAAAUUAUGUCACAGAAAAUACUUUUAGUGGUACCAAUCUGGAUUACGCUGCAAUAGGUGGGUUGGCUUUUGGAACAGGUUUGCUAUUUGCACCAGCUAUCACAUACCUAAUUGGUUUACUAGGAAAUAAUGUUGUUAUGUUUAUUGGGGCAUGUAUACAACUAGCAGCCAUGUUGUUGGCUAGCUUUUCUACAAAAUUAUGGCAAAUAUAUUUGACACAAGGCGUUUUGAUGGGGUUUGGUUUAGCGGUUGCCUUCACACCCGUCCCCCCUGUGAUACCACAAUGGUUCGACAAAAAAAGAAGUUUAGCAAUGGGUUUAGGUGUUGGUGGCUCUGGUGCUGGUGGAGUAAUGUUUAAUCUAGCAAUGCAAAAAAUUCUUCAAGUAAAAUCAGUCAGGUGGGCAUUAAGAGCCCAAGCCAUUAUAUGUUUUGUAUUAUUAGUUCUCAGUUCCGUCUUGAUUAGAACUAGAAAUGCACAUAUUAAGCCUGUUUUCAAGUUAUUUGAUAAACAAAUUCUAGAGUUUCGAGUGUUUUGGGUUUUUGUUGGAUUUUUAAUCUUCUCUAUGUUUGGUUAUGUUGUAGUGCAGUACGAGUUGGCAGAUGCAACAAUGUCACUAGGGUAUUCAGCAUAUCAAGGAUCUAUAGCUAGUGCGUUGAUUGCGACUGGAGCCUUCUUCUUGAGGCCAGCAAUGGGGUUCUUUAGUGAUAAAUUCGGUUGUUUAAGUGUAGGAAUUAUAGUAUAUUACCUCUGUGGUAUUUUGACUUUGGCAAUGUGGAUUCCUGCCAGAAAUUUAGCCACAAUCUAUGCAUAUGCUAUAUUAUGUGGUGGAUUGAUGGGAUAUAUUUGGGGUUUUAUGGGUGCUGUCAUACCAAGAAUGAUAGGGUUACGAAAAGCAAGUGUUACUUUUGGUAUGUCCUGGAUGUUUCUUGCAUCAUCUGCAAUCGUUUCACCAAUCAUUGGUUUGGCUGUAAAACAAAACAAUACCCAUGAGCCUCUGUCCUCAAAAAAUCACAGAAAAUCUGAAUAUAUCUAUGCAGGUGUCUUUGCUGGAUUAGGUUUUAUUUGUUGUGCCACUUGUUUGGUUUUCGUACGUGGAUAUAUAAUUGCUAGAGAUAUAUUGAUAAUGCUAGAUGAGGAGUCGGAUGAUAUAGCUGUUGAUGUUAAUGAGGAUUUAUUGAAGUACAAAGUACCAUUUGCACUAUGGAUGAAACAUUUGUUUACCAUUAAAACCAAAAACAAAGUUUAA